AUGGGCGACGGAUCUGGACUCGCUCGGGGAACUAGGGAUUUAAGAGGAUCGAAAAGUACGGAGUACCUACUAGGGAGGGAUACCCAGUAG